AUGUUUCUGAGCAGCAAUCUAAUUUAUUUAUUAGAAUAGAUUCCGUUAAGCAAACUGACCCUAGUGUUAAACAAACUAACACUAAUGUUGAACAAACUAACACUAAUGUUGAACAAACUAACAUUAAUGUUGAACAAACUAACACAAAUAUUGAAAUGUCUACCUUAGCUUGUGAAAAUAAUAUUUCUUCCAAAAAUGCGGAAAUAGACAUAUUGUCUGAAAAUAUAGAAUUAGGAGAUAAAUUUUCAGAAAAUACAGAAUUAGAAGAAAAUUUGGAUGAAGACUUAGAAGAUGAACAGACAAACGUUUCAAAUUUUGAUAACUAUUUGCAAGAAUGGUUAGACAUACUAGAAGAAGAAAGGCAACGAUUUGAAGAUGAGGACACUAAAGAAGAUAUGGAUGAAAAUGAAUCUCCUGUAAAUGAUACUCAUCCUGCGGUUGACAAUAAUGCGAAAUGGGAAUUGGCUACCCUUUUUAAAAAAUUAGAGUUAA